CCAAUCAGGCGCGCAAUAACAGCCUACACGUAUGCAGAGAGAGCGCGCGGAGCGGAAAAGCGCCUGGCACACCGGAGCUCAGCGCGAGGCAGCCAAACCGCUGUCUGUCAUUAGUGGGUGUGUGACAGAGGAGUGACAGAGAGAGGAGAGAGAGAGAGAGAGAAAGGGAGGAGUGAACGGCCCCGGUUCAAACAGACACACCGACCUGAGAGGAGAGAAGAAGAAGAGAGCACCGGACCCCGAGAGAGAGAGAGUGAGAGAGAGAGAGGGAGAGAGUGGGAGACUGACAGGCGUUACCGAAAACUAGAUGAACCGAAACGUCGACAUGAGCGGUCAGUUUGAGGAAGAUAUCCACGACCGGGGCGAGAGGAAGAGCAGUAAAUCCCCGACGCUGCUCUCCUCUUACUGCAUAGACAGCAUUCUGGGCCGCCGGAGUCCCUGUAAGGUCAGGCUGAUAGGAGCGCAAAGUUUGACGGGUCUGCCCGGCAGAGGGGAGCUCGACAAGACGGCCGACAGGUCAACGAAAGACCCCUUUUCUCUCAGCGCGGACAUGCACCUGCCGCCGAAGCUCCGCCGGCUGUACGGCGCCGGGGGGAAGUACCUCCACGACCACUCAGAGACGCUGGACAGGGAGCGGCUCCUCAUCGAGCAAGCCAGCGACAGCCUCAAAAUCAGCCAGGCUCCGCAGGUGAGCAUCAGCCGCAGCAAGUCCUACCGGGAGAAUGCGUCACUGAGCCGGGGAGAGGGCGACCAGAGCCCCCGGGAGGGCUCGGAGGAUGGCAGCCUGGGGCUGGUUGAGCUCGGCCCGUUGAAGUUCGAGGAGGACGCGGGGAAGGAGGAGGAGAGCUGCGGGGACGCGGCUGCUCUGUCCCCGAAGGACGAGGAAAGGGAGAGCUUGAACGCCGGGGAUGGGGACGUGAGGGACGGGGAGGACAGCGUGUGUCUGUCGGCGGGCAGUGACUCGGAGGAAGGGAUGCUGAAACGGAAGCAGAGAAGAUACAGGACUACCUUCACCAGUUACCAGCUGGAGGAGCUGGAGAGGGCUUUCCAGAAGACACACUACCCAGACGUAUUCACCAGAGAAGAGCUCGCGAUGCGUCUGGAUCUCACCGAGGCCCGUGUUCAAGUGUGGUUCCAGAACCGCAGGGCCAAGUGGAGGAAGCGUGAGAAGGCCGGGGUGCAGGUUCACCCGUCAGGCCUGCCGUUCCCCGGCGCCCUGGCAGCAGGACACCCUCUCAGCCACUACCUGGAGGGAGGACCCUUCCCUUCCCACCACCACCCUUCCCUGGAGUCCGCCUGGACAGCUGCUGCAGCUGCAGCCGCCGCCUUCCCCGGCCUCGCCCCGCCCCACCACAAUGGCUCUGCUCAACAACUGGCCACCCCACUCGGCCUGGGCACUUUCCUGGGCACGGCUGCCAUGUUUCGCCACCCUGCCUUCAUUGGACCCACUUUUGGCAGGCUCUUCUCCAGUAUGGGUCCCCUGUCCAGUGCUUCCACUGCUGCAGCUCUCCUCCGCCAGCCUGCCCCUCCUGUAGAGAACCCCUCCCACGGGGGCCCCAUCCUCCCGGACCCGUCCUCCUCCUCCCCCUCUUCCGUGGCUGCAGCAGACCGCAGGGCCUCCAGUAUCGCCGCGCUGCGCCUCAAGGCCAAGGAACACUCUGCUCAGCUCACCCAGCUUAACAUCCUGCCCACCGGAACCGCGGGGAAGGAGGUGUGCUGAACACGCUACAGCUGCUCUCGGCCUCCCUGUCCCGGGCUCACGUCCCAUUCCAUGACACCCCCCCUCCAAACACCCAUUCAUACCUCUGGAGGCUGAUGUCCCCUCGUUCAUCCCUGUUACCUCAUGUUUCCCCAACAACAUAGCACGACCAAAUUCAAACGAGCACUAGCUGGAAAAAAAAAAGUGUGUUUGUGUGUGUGUGUGGAAAUUACAGCUAAUGGAACAUUGUUUUACACACUACAUACACACCUUUCUGAAUGACUAACUUAAAUAUUUCUCCCCUAAGAGAACAAUUAAAAUAUUUUAUGACAUUUAAAAAAAUACUUCUUAAUCUUUAACAAUAAAUUAACCUUGAAAUGAGGCUCCAUAUCAUUCAGACUAUCAUAUGUAUAUAGCUUUUAAAGGCUCACACAACAAAACACUUACACGUACAAAGUACUCAAGUACUGUACUUCACUACACAUGUGAGGUACUUGUAUUUUAGUAUUUUCAAAUGGAAAU